UGGUUGAGAAUGGGAAAGGAGAGGAGAAUGGAAAUGGUUUUGGGCUUUCUGGUUGCGUUGUUGAGUUGGGGCAGUGGUUUUAGAGAAGAUGGCCUUCAAAUGGGAUUCUAUUCAAGGACCUGCCCUCAGGCUGAGAUGAUUGUGAGGGAUGAAGUGAAUAUGGCGCUUAGAAAUGAUGUGGGUUUAGCUGCAGGACUUGUGAGGAUGCAGUUCCAUGAUUGUUUUGUUAGGGGCUGCGAUGGGUCUGUUCUGAUCGAUUCCACACCGACGAACAAAGCGGAAAAAGACUCGCCAGUGAACAACCCAAGCCUAAGGGGCUUUGAAGUAAUCGAUAGGGCAAAGGAAAGACUUGAAGCUGCCUGUGAGGGAACUGUGUCCUGUGCUGAUAUUCUCGCUUUCGCUGCUAGAGAUAGCAUAGCAUUUAGUGGAGGAUUUGGAUACCCUGUGCUUGGGGGAAGAAGAGAUGGAAGGGUUUCUAUUUUGUCAGAGACGUUCUCGAAUCUGCCGAGUCCAAACUCCAACCUUAGCCAACUCAUCCAGAGCUUCGCUAACAAAGGGUUUUCUCGAGAGGAAAUGGUUACGCUCUCAGGAGCUCACACAAUUGGUCGGGCCCACUGCAGUUCAUUCAACAACAGAUUAUACAACUUCAGCACCACCGAUGCGCAGGACCCAUCAUUGGAACCGCUACUCGCAACGCAGUUAAAACAACAGUGCCCUCUAAACAACAACAAUGGGAACAUGGUGGUUCCAAUGAAUCCACGCAGCUCUUACACAUUAGACUCGAGCUACUACUCAAACGUAUUAGCCAUGCGGGGCCUCUUCACAUCUGAUCAAGCUCUGUUAACCCACCCAGCAACGGCUAAUCAAGUCAUGAGGAAUGCCUUCGAUAGCUCCAUGUGGCAAGAUCAGUUCACUCGUGCCAUGUUUAAGUUGAGCUUGCUUGGAGUAAUCACGGGGACAGAUGGUGAGAUUAGGCUGAAUUGUGGGGUGAUUAAUUGAUCAAUUUGUAUAGUUACGAAAAACUUACUUUAACUACAUUAUGGUUCUGAAUGAUCAGCAGGGGAGUAGAAUGAUUGUGUUUGUAAACGUAAUAAAAGUGUCUUUAGCUUUGAGC